AUGGGUACAUUAAAAUCUUACUACAGCGAAGAGAUUAGACAAUGGAUUCGUCAUAAUCAUCGUCCCUUAACCCAAUAUGAUAUGGGCGAACUUUUGGGAAGGGCUUAUCUCAAAAGUCAGACUGGAGAAAUCGCCGUAAAAGGAUUCCGCGUUACUGGAAUUUUUCCGAUUAACAGGAAUAUUUUUUCCGAAGUGGACUUUCUUGCAGCCGAAAUAGAAAAAGGAACAGAACACUGUACCGCUGAAAAUGACUUCGAUCAGAGCACACUGGGCACAUCUCAAUCAGAUCUAGAGCCUCCUAGUCUAGACAACGUUCAACCCGGGCCAAGUGGUAAAUUUCAAUCUGAUGUAGAGCUACUCAAUCACGACAGCGUUCAGCCUGGACCAUCUGGGAUCAAAAAAAAAAUGGUGACUCCCUUCGAUAUUUCACCAGUUCCGAUCUUAAAAAAAAAACAAGUAAUAGGGGAGAAUAAAAAGCAGCAAUCUUUAGGAGAAUCUGAAAGUGAUGACGAUGAAACAGAGCUGAUGUUAGCAGAUGAUGACUUAGAUUUGGAUGAUCUGCCUGGACAAAAGGAACCAGAUGAUUUAGAUGCGGAAUGCAUCUUUUGUGAAAGUAAAUUUUCCGAAGACCGCAAAGGAGAACUAUAG